AGCAUUGUUAAGACAAUCCAUCCUCUCCGCUCUUCAGGUUUGAAUCAUAUGUUUUGCAUUUCAGAAGAACCAGAUGGAUUAAAAUAUUUUCUGGGAUUUGCUCAAUUUUAGCUAAAAUGAAUUAUGAGGAUAGCAUCAUGUUUUGUUUUAAAAACAAAAAUCGUUCGGCAUUCUGGCAAAAUCACAUCCAUAGUGCAUCCAUAAUAAAUCCUGGGAAGAGAUGGUGGACCAUUGCCUUGACUGCUUGCAGUCCAUGUGAUGAUGUUGUCCCCUCAGAAGGAUUAGGCUAAAGGGAUGUUUACAGUGACCGAGUUCAAAUGGUUGACAGAUCCUCAGACAGCCUACCGCAUUUUAAAGCCAUGGUGGGAUGUUUUCAGUCAUUAUAUCUGCAUGGUGAUGCUCUUGAUUUCUCUGCUAGGGGGAACGCUCCAAAUUGCUCAGAAUAAAAUGCUAUGUCUUCCCUGCAAGGUAAUUGUCAACAACAAUUGCAAGGCCCCCUGGGAGAGUAAUACCAGCACUCCAGCAAAUAAAACUCCUGUUAUGAAUGGGAUAAAAAAUCUUCUUGACAGGCAACAGUACUCAUAUAUCGAUGCUGUGUGUUACGAGAAGGAGCUUCAUUGGUUUUCCAAGUUCUUCCCCUACCUGGUGCUCUGGCAGACUCUGCUCCUUUUGAUUUGCAGCAACUUCUGGUUCAAGUACCCCAGCACCAGCUCCAGGCUCGAACACUUCAUCACCAUCCUCCACAAGUGCUUCGACUCCCCGUGGACGACCCGUGCUCUGUCUGAGGCAGUUGAGAUCAGCGGAGAGAAGCACCCUUAUCGCAAAAGCAAAGAAGUACCCAAAGUAUCUUUCUCUACCACGACUUUUGAAUCGAAAUUGUUGGUGAGCAGAGUGGAGCCCAACUUAGCUGAUGCCAAUGAGAAGACUAUCCUGGAUCGAAAGGAAGGGGAGCAGGCAAAAGCCAUCUUUGAAAAGGUGAAGAAGUUCAAAGCACAUGUUGAAGAAAAGGACAUUAUCUACAAGCUGUACAUGAGACAGAUUAUUAUCAAAGUCAUUAUAUUCAUUUUUAUCAUUUCAUAUAUUCCCUAUUAUAUUAUUGAGAUGAACUUUGAUAUCACUUGCAAGGUUGACAUACAGAUGUUCACGGGAUAUCAACAAUAUCGUUGUGUCCAUUCCUUGGCAACAAUAUUUAAACUCUUAGCAUCCUUUUAUGCAGUACUGGUUGUGUUACAUGGAUCUCUUAGUGUCUAUAGUCUAUAUUGGAUGCUUAGACGCUCACUGAAGAAAUAUUCUUUUGAAACUGUUCGUGAGGAAAGUAGCUACAGGGACAUUCCGGAUAUUAGGAAUGAUUUUGCCUUCAUUCUUCACCUUUCAGACCAGUAUGAUCCAUUGUAUUCAAAGCGAUUCUCAGUCUUCCUUUCAGAGGUCAGUGAAAACAAGUUGAAACAGAUUAACCUUAACCUGGAGUGGACAGUAGAGAGGCUAAAGCAUAAACUACAGAAGAACUCUCAGGACAAAACAGAGCUGUACCUGUUCAUGUUAAGUGGACUCCCAGAUGCUGUAUUUGAGCUGAAAGAACUUGAAACUCUUAAACUAGAUCUUCUAACUGAAGCCAAAUUCCAAACAGCCAUGUCUCAGCUUACCAACCUUAAAGAGUUACACCUUUACCAUACACCAACCACUGUGGACCCACAAGCACUGAAUUGUUUGUCUGAAAAUCUGCAUACAUUGCACAUCAAGUUUACUGACAUGGAUAAAGCCCCACGCUGGAUAUUUAAUCUAAAGAACCUGACAGAACUUCAUUUAACUGGUAACUUAAAAAUGGAAAAGAAUCAUUUUGUGUCUUUAAGUGGGCUGGAGAAUCUAAAGAAUCUAAAAGCACUCUACUUGAAAAAUAGCCUUCCUCACAUUCCAGCAAUAGUAACCGGCUCAGGACUCCUCUUAAACAAACUGUCCAUUGACAACGAAGGUACCAAACUUACGGUGUUCAAUACCUUGAAGAAUAUGGUAAACCUCACAAACCUUGAACUCCUUAACUGUGACCUAGAGCGCAUUCCACAUUCUAUUUUUAGCUUGUACAAUUUACGUGAAAUUGAUCUGAAAGGCAACAGACUUAAGACAAUUGAAGAAAUUAUUAGUUUCCAGCACCUGAAAUGGCUUUCUUGCCUCAAGCUAUGGCACAAUGCUAUUGCAUACAUACCUGUUCAAAUUGGGACACUGGUAAAUCUGGAACAGCUGUACCUCAACAAUAACAGAAUUGAAAACAUACCACCUCAACUUUUUUUAUGCCACAAAUUACGGCUUUUGGACUUCAGCAAUAAUCACCUGACUGCUAUUGGUGACGAAAUCAGUGAACUGAAGCAUUUACAACAUCUUAAUGUCUCCAGUAACAAUCUGGAAACCUUACCCAAUGGACUAUUUCAUUGCUUGAGUCUGCGGACGUUGCUUGUGGGAAAGAACAGCCUGACAACACUAUCACCUCUAGUGGGUGAUUUAGAGAACCUUGUACAUUUGGAUCUUGUUGGCAACCAGUUUGAGUUCCUGCCUGCAGAAUUGGGCAAAUGUAAUCUUAAACCAGGUGGUCUUGUUGUGGAAGAUUCGAUCCUUAAUUCAUUACCCGCAUUUGUAAGAGAACGUUUGAUAAAAAAUGACUCAGAACAAGGGUAAUCAGUUUGAAAUGCCAAAAAACUGACUGGUAUUUGCAGCAGUGGAGAUUAUGGGAAGAAGUAUUCAACAAAAAUGUUGUCGGUAAGGACCUUGGCUCACUAAAAACCAACAGAUAUCAGCUAUCAGACAGUUAUCUUAUGGUCUCCAAACCAGCAUAUGCAUUAUAAAUAAGUGACUAAUUUGGACUUGCAUGUGAAUAAAGUGAUUCCUGAGAGGUAGAGCAUAAACGGCAGAAAAGAAAGGAAUUGAAUAUUGAUCAAGAAACCAAAAGCAACAAAUAUUGUGAUGUUGAAUUAAUCACCCUCAUUCUAAGCAAAAUGAGUUUGGUGAUUGCUGUUCUUUCUUGUUGCGUUUAUAGGAGAUAUAAAUUUGCACAUUGUACAGUUUGGGAAUCUGUGGGUAGGGGAUUAUUUUCGGAUUUGAUGAAUAACUAUAUAAAAUGUUAAAUAAAAGUAAAACUGCACUUUAAGGGAUGGUUUCACAUCCUGAAUUUUGCUUCUUUUCAGGUGAUUGUUUUCAUAACAAGGCCGAAACCCACUAUUUUACAAUGAUUAGUCAGUAAUUAUAAGUGAUGGGAAAAGUUAAACUGUCUGUUUCUUUUUACUCUAACAGUUUAGGUUUUUUUUAGACUUGGAACAUGUUCUGACUUUGGAAUGUAUUGCCAUUGCAUUCUUUCAAGGAAAUAUUUAUAUUAGUAUGUGCAAAGUUUACUAUUCUUCAAAAUAUCUUGAAAAUAUUUGCCCACUUUCUUUGCACUGUUUGAGGUAACAAAACUUUAUGACUGUAUACAGGCUGAUUGUUUAAGUCACAUAAACAUUUUAUCCAUUGCAUUGUCCUGUUUGGUCUCCCAACGUGAUCCUCCCUUUCAAAUAAAAUUGCAUUUCCUUUCACUACUUUGCCCAGUUCCUAUAACCCGUGUACAUAUUCCUUUCUGGAAUCCUUUGAUGGUACAUUCCAUUGUCACAGGGCUUCCAGACUCGUGGGCAGUUCAAAUUUAAAGUGUCUCAAUUGAUUGAGGUGCAAUAGUCUUGGGGAUAUCAGGUAACAUUGGUUCACAAACUUGAUGGACGAAGGAGAAUAUAAGUAAAGCUUUCAUUUCUGGGCCAGAAUCCCCAAUGUCCCACUUUCCAUCUGUGGGACAGUCAUUACAGACAGUUGGAAAAGAAUGUUUUUUUUAAAUGAUUCAUACUUAAACAUAUGAUGGUCAGGAACUCAAACCACAUGUAAAAGUGACCUAAAGGGCAAAAUUUUCACUCCGUGGGUGGUGUGCGUAUGGAAUGAGUUGCCAGAGGAAGUGGUGGAGGCUGGUAUGAUUACAACAUUUAAAAGACAUCUGGAUGGGUACAUGAAUAGGAAGGGUUUAGAGGGAAUUGGGCCAAACCUGGCAAAUGGGACUGGAUUAAUUUAGGAUAUUGGCUCGGCAUGGGCAAGUUGGACCGAAUGGUCUGAGUCCAUGCUGCACAGCUCUAUGUUUGGAGAGGAAAAUAAGAACAUUAGGUUUAUCAGUGGGUUUAUCAGCAACAGGCAAUAAAGAAACCCAGCCUGAGGAACACAAGUUAUACUGUAAGUGAAUGGUGGCAGUGAGUGAGUUGCCACUGGGGCUGGAAGCCAGAGGUUUUAACAGUGGCCAUACUUUUUGCCAGGUUGAUGGGCCAUGCCUUUUGCUGGAAUUAGACUGGGGCUGGUCUGUUAUUUUGUAAACAUGCAUGGUAUUCCCUCGUGUCUGUCAUGUUAUGCCAAUUUAAAUAUUGUGGCACAUGUGUGAAAUUAAU